CAUACCUAGAGUGUAGAUUUCUAUUAAACUUGCUGACAUUGCUGAAAGCACGUUUUUAUUCCUUGAAAACCCGGUAGAUUAGUCAAUUUUCAAAUCAUAUUAUGGUGGGGUUAUAAAAUAUUUAUCAAUUUCAGUAACUAUUUAUACGUAUUUUAUUGUUUUGGAAAAAUAAAAAUAAGUGAUUUUUUACAUGGGAAUUACAUUAUGAGAAUGUUGAAGUUCCUUUUAAUUCUUUUUUGUUUUUUUGUAAUCACUUACUGUGGCAGCCCAGAGGAAGAGGGUGUCAAGUAUGCAGACAAGUGUGAAGUUUGCAAAGUGGUUGCUAUAGAAUUGCAAAAUAAACUUGAUGAGACUGGAAAAACUAGCGAUGCUAUUGAAAUAGGUUAUUCCCUGGAUGAAAUAGCUCCCAAAAAGAAAAUAGCUUAUAAAAAGUCGGAAUUGAGAUUAAUUGAAUCGUUAGAGGAUGUUUGUACUAGAAUUUUAGACUAUAAUAUACAUAAAGAAAGAUCUGAUAGUUCUAGAUUUUCAAAAGGAAUGAGCCAAACUUUCAAAACAUUACAUGGAUUAGUUGAUAAGGGUGUUAAAGUUGAUUUAGGUAUUCCAUAUGAACUUUGGGAUAAGCCUUCGGUUGAGAUAACAACAUUAAAAACUCAAUGUGAAGAACUCAUAGAAAACCAUGAACCUGAUAUUGAAGAGUGGUAUUUUAAUCAUUUAGAAAAAGUUCCACUAUCAAAGUAUUUGUGUUCAGAAAGGUAUUUAAAAGAAUUAGAUGAUUCUUGUUUGAAAGAAAAAGGAGAUACUGGAAAAUUUGAUGCCGAAAAAACAGGAAGUGAUAAAGUUCAAGACGAAUUGUAAACAUUUAAAAUGAAUUUCAAAGUAUACUAUAUAUCAUAUCAUGUGUAAGUCAAGUCAGAGCUGUUAAAAUUAAUAUGAUAAAUCAUAUUGGUUAAACAAUUGAUUGUAUAAAAAUAAUUUUUCACAUAUGACCAUAAAUUUGAUUUAACUCAAAUAAGGUUUUAAAACCUAUUAUUUUGUUAAACAAUUUUUAAAUAUUGUCUGUUAGCAAAGGAUAAUUCAUACCAAAUAAAGUAUCAAUUUUAC